UAGAAGUCUCUCACCUCUCAUACUCAUGCACCUUAAUCAUACACACAGUGGAAAUCUAUAAAGACCUUAGAAUAAAAGGAGCGCGUUUAAACACUGCCUUUAGAACACAAAGAUGUAUCUGUGAUUUUGAAAAUAAGAAAGUUUUAUUGUUUUCAUUUGACCCAGGUCUUGAGCAAGGGCUUCAGGGAGAGGCUCAGACAGAAGACCGGACACCACAGGGGAUGAUGCCAGAGGGCCCCUCAAAAACUUCUGGGCUCCCGAGUCUCCUAGUCACGCUUGAGGGUGAACCUUCCGGGGAGACCCUCCCCCAGCCCAGCCCGAAAAGUCUCACCUCCUCCUCUAGGAAGUGGUUCUCCAGGAAGUCACAGAGAUGGCUCUCUCCACGGGCACGCAGAUCCCGAAGGGCUUGGUUCAGGAUCUUCCCCAGAACCUUGGCGGCUUCCUUGGCCUCCAGGGUUUUACCCCCACUCCUCUCGCGAAGGCUUCUGUACUUUCCGGAAAAGGGCACGAAGCCGCCCCCUCCCCCGCGCUGUUUUUGCAUUUUCAAGGGAGGCUGGGUGAUCUCGCUUCUCCUUGCCAACGGGCAGAAGUGGCCCACGCCCUGCGGAGCCACACCCUCCAGGCCAGAUAGAAGCCCAGAGAAAGGCAGACAAGUACAUCUGUGUGAGGGACUCCUGGGUUCAAAUAUUUUCUGCUCCUCUCACAUAUGGACCUUUGUCAAGAGCAGCUGCCCUGAAUUCUCCAGCAGAUGGAAGUUCAUCUCUUCCAUGACAUCUGUUUUGCCAUUUUGCUCCAUAGCUAUUCAAGACUUUCAAGCACUGCUCUGUAUGCUCUUCCUAGAGAUUUCCUCUGCUUCAGAUGCAGUGAUGAGAAUGUCCGCCUCUGUGCUUCUUCAGUGACAAUGACACACCCACAACACCCCUGAGCUCCACCCUGCUUUCAGUAGCUGCCUCUGCAUGCUACCUCACUUCUGUGUUCUUCCAUAGUUUUUCUGAUGAUGAAACAGUGGAGUGAUUACUUUCCAUCCUAUACAUCUCAAUUAGGUCUUGGUUAAAAAUAGAUUUUCCCUUGCAAGAAA